UAGAAAUUUGAGUUUGAAAAUACAACAUAACCUUUGAAGAAUGGCUGGGAAAGCUUCAAGUACGCAAGCCAGUGUUGGUGGUUUAGGUUCUGGUGCCGUGUCACAUGUUUUCAUACAAUAUCCCCCUCUUCGUUACAACAUUCCUGGGUCAAGGGGUUUCUAUUAUGAUGAUGGAAAUAAAUUGCUCCUCUCUCCUACAUCUGACCAGGUCUUUUCAUGGAAAACUUCUCCAUUUUCUCCAAAUGCUGCCCCUAACAUUGACUCAAUAACCGAAGGGCCUAUCCACUCCAUCCGAUUUUCUCUAGACGAAAAACUUAUAGCAGUCCAACGGUUCAGCACUUCUAUACAAUUUUUGCAUAGAGAAACAGGGGAAGCUUUAACUCAAAGGUACAUGUCCGAGUCAGAGAGUAUACUGUGGUUUUUCUGGACAGAUUGCCCAUCAUGUGAUAUUGUAGUUGUGAAGACCGGUGGGUUGGACUUGUUUGCUUAUGAUCAUCCUUCGAAGUCACUUGCCUUAGUUGAGACAAAGACAAUGGCUGUUAGUUGGUAUGUCUAUACGCACGAGAGCAGAUUGGUACUUCUUGCUUCAGGAAUGCAGUGCAAGUCUUUCCAUGGAUUUCAGCUUUCAUCUGCUGGAAUUAUUCGAUUACCAAAGUUUGAGAUGGUAAUGGCUAAAUCUGAAGCUAUCAGUAAGCCUGUCCUUGCAUCAGAAGAUGUUUAUAUCGUCACCGUCUAUGGGAGAAUAUACUGCUUGCAAGUUGAUAGAGUUUCAAUGGUACUGCAUUCAUAUAGAUUUUAUCGUGAUGCUAUUAUCCAACAGGGCUCAUUACCAAUUUAUUCGAGCAAGGUUUCUGUGAGUGUGGUUGAUAACGUGCUACUUGUGCACCAAGUAGAUGCAAAGGUCGUUAUACUGUAUGAUAUAUUUUCAGAUUCUCGGGCUCCCAUAUCUGCUCCCCUUCCAGUACUGUUGAGGGGCUUUCCAAGAUCCGAUAAUUUUACAUCUCGACCCGGCACCAAAGAAAGUGAAAGUUUGGAGACCUCUGAUUCAAAUGAUAACGAAGCAAUUAUUUAUGGAGAUGGCUGGACCUUUUUGGUUCCCGACCUUAUUUGUGAUAUUGCAAAUAAUGGUUUAUGGAAAAUCCACUUGGGUUUGGAGGCAAUUUCUGCUAGUUCCUCAGAAGUUCCAUCAAUAUUAGAAUUCAUGCAAAGACGGAAAUUGGAAGCCAACAAGGCUAAACAACUGUGUUUGGCAAUUACACAAACAAUGAUUCUAGAAUGCAGACCUAUCGCCAUGGUUGCCAAGGCAAUGGAUGUUUUAGUCACCUCAUAUUCCCUCUCUCUGAAAAAUGGCAGUUAUUUCAAGGGAAUUAAGACUGAAAGGACCUCCUCGAGUGUGUCAAAUGUGAGUGGCCCAUUUCAAGGCAUAGAUGUAAACACUGGCAGAACCGAUGGACUUGGAAAAUCUGUCCAACACGAAUCUGCUUCCAGAGUCAACAUGUUUCUUUUUUUUUGUUGGACAAAUGCUAGUGUUUCUGAACAGCAGGAGUCUCAGCUCACUUCACCUGCAAUUUCACCUAAUGAGAUGUACAGAUUUGUCUUUGCUCCUAUCAAGGAAGAGAUGACUGGAGAGCCUUCUUAUCUAGUUUCCAUUAUUCUUGAACUUUUUCGAAGUUAUGGUAAUCAUUUGAAUGCCCAUUUGGAAAAGGUCAAAGUGCAUCCAAAUCUGUUCGUGUUAACUAUUCAACUAUUGGCCCGCAGCGGGCAACAUGCGGAACUUGGUUUGUUUGUCAUAAACAAGAUUAUUGAGCCCUCGAAAGAAGUUGCUUUACAGCUGCUAGAAUCUGGUCGUCAAAAUUUCCAAAUUAGGAAACUGGGCUUAGAUAUGCUGAGACUGCUUUCUUUACAUCAGGAUUAUGUAUUGUUACUGGUGCAAGAUGGAUAUUAUCUCAAAGCUUUACGUUAUGCACGGAAGCAUAAGGUGACUACCAUUCGGCCCGCGUUAUUUCUGGAAGCAGCAUUUACCUCCAAUGACCCCCAACAUCCGGCCGCAGUUUUGAGAUUCUUUUCAGAUUUCAUUCCUGGAUUCCGCAGCACUUCGGAUUUCUUUACGUACUACGGCAUUCUGAAUGAGAUGAACUCUUCUUCAGUCAUUGCAUGAGACAUGACAAGAGAGUAAUUGGCAGUCAUAAU